GGUUCCGUUGCAAACGCUCAAACUUCCCAACUCGAGUAAACAUCCCGGAGACCCUCGUGAAGAACGCGUACGGUGGCACCAAACCUACGCUGGUCAGCCUAACUAGCCCCAUAAAACACCCAAGAAGAAGAAGAAGUGCUGGCAUCGAAAAGGCUUAUCUAGAACGUUCAGAGUAAGAAGUGCAAGUACUCCCACGCCGCCAACUGCUUUCCCUGCCAUCCAGUGUCCCCCUUUGGCUGAUCCCCGCCUCGACGACCGGCCGUCACCCCCUCGCCGUGCCUGCCUGAGGGGAAAAACAGCCGCCGUGUCCUCCACCACCUCGGACGACACUUACCUGGAUUUCUUACCUGGAUUACCUCAGCACCUCGGACGACACUGCCAGGGCUACCACCAUUACCACCACAAACAAGUUUCCAUGCCUAAUGGCAGACCAGGUUGCUUCACAUGCUGAAGAAAGUGAUGGUACAACUAUGAGUGAUGGAAACCAAACUGCACCUGACACCCUCGAAACCCAAGAUCAGUUUUCCAAGCCAUCAGAGGACUGUACAACCGAGAGCAAAGUAAAUGAUACUGUGGAAGAGAAGUCAGAGAAUGAUGACGGGUCCUCUACAGAGACUAGUUCAACAAGUGCAUGUGAAAGUACUGAGGAAAGAGUACUUAAGGUUGACAAAUUAGAUGAGCUCUCUGAGAAUGGUGUUGAGCCCAGCACGAAGGAACCUCCUGAAGAAGGUGGAAAUAGUGAGAAGGAAGCAGCUGUUGAUUCCCUUUCUGAAGUGAAGGAACAUCAUUCCUAUGAACUAAUUGAUGGCCAAUAUUACUAUUCUGAUACUACCUCAGGAAAGAGAUAUAGAUAUGAAGAAAAAACAAAAGAGUGGGUGGAGGUGGUUGCUGACAGUGAAGGGAAGGUAUUGACAGAGGGUUCAAACCCUGAGCAUACGAGUGAGCAUGGCAUUACAGUAGACAGUGAAGGGAGAACUUACUACUAUGCAGACAAUCAUUAUAUGUGCAAGGAUGGUGAUGGGAAUGUUUUUUACAUGAAUGAACAGAAUGAAUGGAAACCUUGGGCCGAGAAAGAGUGUAACCAGUCUUCAGAGUCUUCUAAAUGGUACUUCUAUCAGGAUGACUCCACAUUCUAUAGAGAUAAUGCAUCUGGAGUUGUUUAUAAAUAUAAUAAGGAGGACAACAAAUGGGAAAAAUAUGAAGGGAAGUUGAAGAAGAAACGACCUCAUGUUGAUGAUGAAGAAGAGUUUGAUACUGAAGAGGAGGAGUCAGAUGGAGAAACCGAAAGUGGUCUCAUGCCUCCAGGGGCCAAGGAAGACCCUAAUAUCAACUAUGAUGGUACAACUUAUACGAAAGUGGACCCUAGUGAUAAUAUGAUGUAUGAGUGGGACGCACAGAGAAGAGCAUGGUUUCCAAAGCUGGAUGAAGAUUUCAUGGCAACAUACCAGCUGAGUUAUGGGUUCAAUCCAGAUGGAACAAAAAAUGAAAAUCCACUGAAAUUUGAUGAUGAAAACGAGGAAGAAGAAGAGGCAAAAGCUGAAGAGCUCAAACAGAAAAUGGAACAAGAAAAUGCAAAGGCAACGAAGAAGAAACCAACUUGGUUUGAGAUGGAUGAGACGCGUAAUACCAAGGUGUAUGUCAGCAACCUGCCAGAUUCGAUGACUGAGGCGAUGUUUAUGACUUUGAUGCAGAAAUGUGGCAUGGUGUUACUGGACGAAAAAUCCAGCAAACCAAAAGUAAAGCUUUACAAGGAUGAAGAAGGCAAUUUUAAAGGAGAUGCCCUAUGCACAUACAUUAAGGUGGAGUCAGUAGAAUUGGCUCUGCAGAUUCUUGAUGGAUAUCAGGUGGGAAACAAGAGGAUAAGUGUGGAACCAGCAAAAUUUCAGCAGAAAGGAAGUUAUAACCCCAAACUUAAGCCUCGCAAGAAAGGGAAAAAGGAACUUGAAAGGCUUCAAAAGAAACAAGAAAAGUUAUUUGACUGGCGGCCGGAGCCGUUGCGAGGUCAAAGGAAAAAAAAUGAGAAUACAGUGGUGAUCCGCAAUGUAUUUGACCCGAAAGAGUUUGAAGUGGCAAUGGACAAAAUUCUGGACCACAAGGAAGCCAUGAGAAGCCAAGCCUCAAACUUUGGUAAAAUAAAGAAGUUGGAGCUCUAUGAUCUGCACCCUGAAGGUGUGGUGCAAGUCACCUUUGAAGAAGUAGAAAGUGCUGACAUGUGUGUGGCCACUCUCAACAAGAGGCUAUAUGGAGGUCGCACCCUGUAUGUCACUACUUGGGAUGGAAAGGAAAAGUUCAAGAUAGAAGAGACUGCUGCUGAGCGAGAGGAGAGAAUAAAAAAAUGGAAUGAAUUUCUGGAAUCAGAAGCCACAAGUAGUAACACCACUAAGUGAUCAGAAGUUGAAUCACAAACACUGCAGUGGUUUUUGUUGGCAGAUUUUGUUUGGGACAGUGUGGAUCAUUAUUUAACAUGAUAAUAUAUGAGUAGUAAAUUUAAAUUUGUCAAUAAAUUGGUAAAAAAU